UAUAAAAACAGUAGUUGAAUCGAGGCUGAGGUCCUUGAGCAAAUAUCCGGAUUCGGAGAUACGUGUGUAGUGUCGUGUUCGCGAUGGCAGAAGCCAGCGCUGGGGACAGCGGAGACCCAACACGAAAUGAAACUAUGCAGCAAGAUGAUUUACAACAGAGGAGGCAAUCUGAAACACCCGAGGAACAAAAGACAGCAGGGAAACCAAUGGUUCCCGUCACACUGGUGCCCGUACGAGCCGACUGUGUGGCCUUAGUAUUUCCACGAUGGCUUUUUUGGUCUGGUAUAAUAUUGUGUGGAACUGUUGCCGUAUGGUGCACGGUAUGGUUGGUCAUUUCUUGGACCCUGCCGCACUUCAGCGUCCCUCCAGGUAUUAUGGAGAACAUGGGGGUGGACGGCGUGAUGAUGUUUAGACAGUAUGAUAGAAAUGACGAUGGGGUGCUCAGUUUGGAGGAGUUUGAGCCACUGGCCCACAGGCUGAUGGAAACAAAUGAAACCUAUGAAUACAAUUCCACAAUAGAUGAGCAAGAUGAGGUGGUCACUGUGCAGACUUAUUUUGAACCUCUUCGAUUAGAAACUAUGACCAAAGACUUAAAUGGAAUGUUUUCAGGCAAUCUGCAUUCUCUAACAGGCCUACAGCAUUGGAAAACCCCCAACAAACCAGGUCAGAACUUUGCAGCAAAAGACUUCCUCAAUUUGUUACCAAAAGACCGUUCUAUUCAGUCCAAAUUUGGAGAAGUUUAUAAUAUUAUUGCAAACCCAGGAGGAGACAUAUCUAUGGCUGCACCAAGGUCUAGUAACCGCUACCACCCACCUCGAUUGGUUGAUGAAAGUGAGAUAUUUAUCCACAAACUAUUGACAUUAUUUCAUCCAAGACCAUUUGUUCACAUGAGAUUUCAACCCAGAGGAUCAGUGGGUUGUAUUAGAGCCUACAAUGAUGACUUUGUUGAAGUAGUUUUCAGAAUCCAUGCAGAAUUUCAGCUGAAUGAACCACCAUUUAGCCCAUUUUGGUUCACCCCUGCACAGUUCACAGGUCAUGUCAUCAUUCAAAAUAUGCAAAAAGUGAUUUCCUUUGAAAUGUAUGUGCCAGCAGAAAAGAACCUCAACGUGGAUAUGGAAUGGAUAAAUAGUGGAACAGAUGUUGAAAACAUGGAAGUGGACAUUGGUUACAUGCCCUUGAUGGCCCUCAACAUAACAGGACCCUCCGUCCCAGCUAUUUACCAAGGGGAAGACAUAAGAGAACUUGUCCUUGAUUUUAUCUCUCAACCCAAACCAGACAUAACAUGGACUCAAGAAAUAACAUUGGAGGAAGCUCAGAAAAGAAUGGAGACAGUAAUGUAUCCAUUUAAGCAGGUCCCAUACAUAAAUUUUACAGAAGCAUACAGUCUUGCCUCCAAGGAGAACAAACUAGUACAUUCCAUAUUACUUUGGGGUGCACUAGAUGACCAGAGUUGCUGAGGUUCAGGGCGGACUCUCAGGGAAACUGCCCUGGAGAGUUCGCCCGUUGUCUCUCUGCUGACAGAAGAGUUUAUCAGCACAUGGUCAUUGGUUGUUGAUCUCAAGGCCUUGGAAAAGGAUGAGAACCGACCAGAAAUUGCACACCAUGCAAAAUUGGCCAUGGAGGCCUAUACUUUCCCAGUCACCAUGAUGAUAGCAUUUCCCAAUGGAACAGUAGUUAGCAAAGUUAAUGCUAAUACCUUCUUAGAUGAGACUCCAGGCAUACUUGAAUCAGGAUUUAGUGAUCCUUCAGCUGUGGCUUAUCUGAAGUUUUUAAAAGAAGGCUUGAGGUUAGCUGAACCUGAUAGAACAUUAGCUACACAGCAGACCAUAGACAGGCAGGAACUGUAGGUCUUUGCUGUAAGCUGCAUCUCAUGACAUUGAAUAGUAAUAUCUGUAACAACCACAAUAUAUUAACCAGAGAACUUUUAGAUAGGAGUCAUAAUUUUGAGUUAUACCUGAUAUGUGUACCAUAUAUAAGUGUCUGAAUAAUGUUCUUGUGCAUAAUAUGUUGUUUUAGAAUUUGAAAAUUCAAAAUAAGUAUUAGAAAAUUAUGGGAAGAAAUUGCACUAACUUGAUUAUUUUGAUCAUGAUCUUCACCAAUGAAAAGUAUUAGGUUGUUACAAGUUACCUCAUUUUUUGUGAUGAAGUACUUAAACAUCAUUAUUGAUUUUUUUUUUCAAAUUUUCAUGGUAAGAAUUUAACAAAAUGUUAAUUGUCUUCAUGUUAGGAGGUACAUUAGUUAAACUUUGCUGUUCUGCAUUGCUUUGAGACUUUAAUACAAAGAACUUCAAAGGUUAAGCACUUCAAUUGUUGCUUGUCAAAUUGAUCAUUUUGUGUAAAUACCAUUAUUUUUUUCAUCUCUAUUUGUUUUCUUAUAUCAUGUUCUUGACUGCUUAAUGCUACAGUUAUUUUUUAAUUAUAUUACAAGUCUUUUAUGCAGGUAAAGUUUUUUUAUGGCAAAAAUAUAUUAUGCAAUGAAUAACUAAAUUUGUGAUGAUGAUACCAAAACAUGGAGUUUGUCCAUGGUAUAAUUGUAUCAGUGAUUGUGUAAUUACACUUUUUUUAAGUAGUGACUUUAAGGUUAGAUGAAGGAUUCCUGGAAAGGAAUUUUUAAUGUGGAAUCUUUUGAUGAAUUUUUUUUAAAAAAUGUAUGUUUUAUAGUUAGAAUUUAACUGGUGGAUUACCAUUUUUGAAAUACCUUUUUCUUUCAGUUUCUGAAUGUUUUGUUCAACAGUAACUGUGUGCCUAUGAAAAUUGAAUGGUAAAGCAUUUUGCACAUUCAGUUGGAUACCCUAACAUGGUUUAAGUGAACCCACAAUGUUCAGAAUCUGACCAAAAAGUAUUUCAAGAUUGGUGUUUUUGCCUUAACUGCAGGUGCAUCUUGUUAAGCACAUAUAUGAGUUGUGCAAGAAGCGUGCCAUUGUAUAUAUGUUAAGUACGAUAAGUGAAUAAGGAAACAUUGAUUGUUCUGAUACACCUCUUGUGUAGAUGAUCUCAUGCCACAGUUUUGUAAUGGUAAAUAUGUUUGUAUUGUGAUGGCCUAGCAGCUGCCAUCAGUUUUUCUCCAUAGUUUGUAUUUUUUUUUUAAUUGUAAGUUAAACCAUAGAUAUAGAAUUUGUAGUCCUUCGUAAUUGUUUGCAAAUA